GCAUGUGGCUGUAUCAGGAGUGGGGGUGGGGGUGUAACUACACGCUGAUCCCACACACACACACUAGGUGGGGCAUUUCUCACAUCUACUUCACUCGAGCAAAAGAGAAAAAAUAUUAAAAAAAAAAAAGGUUGGAUUCCCAUGUAGUGAGACCGGCCUCCUGCCUCCCCCUCUCCCCCUCCCUACCUCACUCUCUCCCCUUCUGUCGCCCCGUGUGCCAGUCCCAGCCUCCUUGUUUUCCUGCACAGACUCUCGUACAAGCGUUACCUUUGCAGUGGCAGAACCCGCAGCCGCACCACUCCCUCCCUCCUUCCCUCCUUCCACCCUCUCCCCUUUCAUUUUGUAAGAAAAGAGGGGGGUCGGGAGGCAUUGGCUGCAGAAUACCCUCCUCCCAUUCUGCUGCCCAUUACAUUGCGCCCCCCUCAGCCGUCGCUGCCUGUGGAGUUGCCCUGGAGGAUCUCUAUGGCUGCUUGAGGGGAACCCAUUUCCCCCUGGAAUCUCGCUGCUGACAGCUCCUGCUUGAUCAGACUGAGCAGUCACCAUGACGACAGAACUGGGGUCAGAGACAGAACUUCCUCCUGGCCCCGAGGGCCCUGCACAGGAUGGAGUAUCUAAUCCUGCACUACAUGCCCAAGAUGCCUCCUAUGCACCUGCUAACAAUGUAGAGAGACCAGGAGCUACUGAAAAUGUACAGAGACCUGGGGAGGGAGAAGAGAGAGCGGACAUGCCACCAGAACGAACAACACCCACCCACAUGCAGCGAUCGCCCCAAAAACAUUCCAGGAAACCCAAGAAUGCUCUUUGCAGGGUAACACUGUUGGAUUCUUCCAACUAUGAUUGUGAGGUAGAGAAGCACGCUCGAGGGCAGGUCCUGUUCAAUACGGUGUGUGGGCAACUCAACCUUCUGGAAAAAGAUUACUUUGGCCUGACCUUCUGCGACACUGACAGUCAAAAGAACUGGCUGGACCCUUCCAAAGAAAUAAAGAAACAGAUCAAAAGUGGUGCAUGGACAUUUGGCUUCACAGUAAAGUUCUAUCCUCCAGACCCUUCCCAGCUCACAGAGGAUAUUACAAGGUAUUAUCUGUGCCUACAGCUACGGGCUGACAUCAUCAGUGGGCGCCUACCAUGCUCUUUUGUCACCCAUGCCCUGCUUGGGUCAUAUACAGUCCAGGCUGAAUUGGGAGACUAUGAUUCUGAGGAGCAUCAUGGGAACUAUGUUAGCGAGCUGCGCUUCUCCCCCAACCAGACACGAGAGCUGGAGGAGAGAAUAAUGGAACUGCACAAAACAUACAGGGGGAUGACUCCGGCAGAAGCAGAGAUUCAUUUUCUAGAAAAUGCCAAGAAGCUGUCUAUGUAUGGAGUGGACCUACAUCAUGCCAAGGACUCUGAGGGCAUUGAUAUAAUGCUGGGAGUUUGUGCCAAUGGGCUUUUGAUCUACAGAGACCGGCUGCGAAUAAACCGCUUUGCUUGGCCUAAAAUCCUGAAGAUUUCCUACAAAAGGAGCAACUUUUACAUUAAAAUACGACCGGGGGAGUACGAGCAGUUUGAAAGCACCAUUGGCUUCAAGCUGCCCAAUCAUCGAGCUGCAAAGCGUUUGUGGAAAGUCUGCAUAGAACACCACACGUUCUUUCGGCUUGUGUCCCCAGAACCAGCCCCUAAGGGAUUCCUAGUGAUGGGGUCAAAGUUCCGUUACAGCGGGCGCACGCAGGCACAGACUCAACAGGCAAGCGCCCUCAUAGACCGCCCGGCACCUAACUUUAAACGCUCUUCUAGCAAACGCUACACCCUGUCUCAAAGCCAAGAAGGAGGCUUUUCGCUGCCGACUGCUGUAAAUGAGAACCAUGAAUCUUCACCAGAGAAAAACCACGAGGACCACCGGGAAAAUGGGCACAGGGAAGAGGGGCAGGAAGAGGUGACUACACCGACCAAAAUCAAGGAACUAAAGUCGGAGCAAGAGAGCACCCCCCGGCACAAGGAGUUUCUAGACAAGCCGGAGGAUAUCCUGCUGAAACAUCAGGCCAGUAUUAAUGAAUUGAAAAGAACCUUGAAACAGCCAAACAGCAAAUUGGUCCACAGAGAAAGGGGGAGGGAGAAGCGAUUGCCAUCCUCACCCACUUCCUCAUCCCCUAAACCAGAGGAUGGAGAAGACACGGCAAAGCAAGUAGAAGACGAGGCUGACAGUGCUGCUGCCCAGGACUCAGAGGUUUUCACCCAGAAAAGCCUUUCUUCCUCUCCUGAGGGCAUGGAGCAUUGGGUUUUUAUAGAGAGGUCAUCAGAGAAGACGCAGGUGUCCCCUGGAGAGACUGCAAAGAAUGACACUGAACAGCUGCCUGGAAUAGACUUGUCUAAUAGAGAUGAAGAAUCUCCCCUAAAUGAAAUGCUGGUUUCUGAAGUAAGAGAGGAGAGUAUAAAAGAGGAGGUAAGAGUGGAGAGAGUGUCAGAAAAACCUAUACAAGCUACAAGGGGAGCAGAGAGAAGAAUCAGACUGACAAAGAGAGAAGAGCGAUUGGUGAUGGUGGCCAGUGAGUGGGAAGAUGUGAACAAUAAGGCAAGGACAGCGCCAGAUGGAGCACCAGCUGAGGACAGCAAAGGCUGGACAUUUAAGGGAGACAAGAUAGAACUGACAGCAGCUUGGAGUCAAGGAGAAGAAGCCCACCAAAAAGAGAAGAACAGUAUAGAAGGGAAAAAGACAACCUUUGAGAAAAGUGAAGGGAGCAGGAAAACAGAAUUGGGGGCAUCAGAAAAACCCAAAGAUAUAUGCAGGGGCGUUCUGGAUCUUGGAGAAAGUAGGCGACUUAUUGUGUGUGAGGAAGAAGCUGGAGAUAGUGCUGAGGAAACUGAGAAUGAAUGGCCUGUUGGCCUAACUUGGGAAGAACAAGAAAGCCCACUCUGGUGUGAAAGUUCAGGAUAUCAACAACUUGUGAAGCAGGAAGACCAGGAUAUUACAGAUAGUUUUGCAUCAUUCAACCAGCAAGGCCAACAAAUGCAAUUUCAGAAAUCAGGUAAUAAACUAAAGAACAACAGAGGCCCAUCCAGACUGGCAGAUUCUGCUUCAAAUGGAAGACCUGAGUAUAUUCUGAGCAAGGUUUCUGCCAAUUUAAUAAGGAUGGAUAACCCACAAGAAGAGAAAGAAGAGGCUCAUGAUACAAACAUGAAUAGAGAAGAGAAAACAAGCAAUGUUUCACCUUCCCCAGGUAUUCGCAGUGUUACAGAGAGAGGCAGAGGAAAGUCAACUUCCGAAGACUGGGGCCAAACAGAUCUCCAUUUUAUGUUGCCCACCAUUGUACCACUGCCACUGACAUUGGCCAAAAACAAAAAACACCAAGUGAGUGAUGUCAAUCCUACUGAACAACCGCUUCUUGAACCCAACCUCAGGAAUCACUCUUCCCCCCAGAAUGCAGGAGAUGCCAGCCCAGCAGAGUCUACCACCGAUACACCAGGGGACCUUUCCUCUCCCGACUCUGGUUGUGAAAUCACACUGACUGAUGCGGCGUGUCAACCCCUUGAGCCGACAUCUUGGGAAGAAAGGGACAUCCCAUCAGCCCUAAGAGAGGUCACCCUGCCGGACCAGGGUUUUAGGAAAACUGGAAGUGUUCUUUAUCAGAGAUUGAGCAGCAGGGAGACAGAAGAGCCACGGGGCACAGGCGAAGAAGAACAGAAUGCAGGGCUUUUGAAGGAAAACCAGCUCAGCAUUGAAAGGAAGUGUUCCAGCAUCACAGUCAGCUCCACAUCCAGCCUGGAGGCUGAGGUAGACUUCACCGUCAUCGGAGAUUACCACUCCAACGUUGGAUUUGAGGACUUUUCCCGCAGCCUGCCAGAGCUGCAUCGAGAUCAGGGUGAUGGGGCAGGAGGUCCCACAGAAAACAAUUCCACAGCGGCGUAUGAUGAAAUGCAGGAUGAGGAGACCAAGGACCUGGAAACCAAGGAGCCCAGUUUACAGAAUGCGCAGAAGGAAGCUGUCAGCACAGUAACCACAGUAAGUGAGACAGCAGAUGGGGGCAUCAAAGAAACACAGGUCACCACAGUAAAAACCACACAGGUUGAGGACGUCAAAACAGAGGCAAGAGUUGCUGAAUCUGGUGACGGUAUCCAGGCAUCACAUACAGAUGGUACACGCACCCACCAUGCUGUACCUGCAGCAGUUUUUUCCCAUGGUGCCACAGCAGAGACCCUUUCCUCCUCCACAACCACCCACGUGACCAAGACGGUGAAAGGUGGAUUUUCUGAGACACGAAUAGAAAAACGAAUAAUAAUCACCGGGGAUGAAGACGUGGACCAAGAGCAGGCCCUUGCACUGGCCAUAAAAGAAGCCAAACUUCAGCACCCAGAUAUGAUGGUUACCAAGGCCGUUGUGUAUUGCGAGACCGAACCCUCCCCCGAGGAGCCCGGAGAGAGUGUUGAGAAAUCAUGACGUCGGAUUUUGGAUUGAAACCUUCCCUUGGCCACUUCUCUUUGUUUUUCACCAAUGAAAAUAAGGACGCCCUCUCCCUCCCUUAAUUUCCUCUUUACACACCAUGCCAGCUGCAAAUACCAUCACAUCCGGCAAGGGGCAAAUAAAACCACGAUGACACCACCCCCUUACAAAGAGAAAGAGAGAGACUUGCCACCCUCCCAGGAGCAGAUUCCCUAAUAGAAUGCUGAGGGCAACUAUACAGCUUCCCUUCUCCCCUUCCCCUUGGCCAAAUCUUCCUGAGACGCAUGUGUGGCAAUACGGGACUGCAUGCAACAUCUACAGGGUUAAUUUUAUCUGCACUAUUAAGGAACUAUCGCUCCGAAUUGCUAGAGACCUUUGAAGAAUCAAUCCUUUGAUCAUCUUGGCUUUCCAGCCCUAGAAGGGGUUAAUCUACGGAUUAAUCAGGAUACCUCUCUGCAGUAGAUAGAAACCUAGCACGCUCUGAGCCUGUCCUGAUAAUCGGCAGCCUGGAAUUCACUCUGCAUUAGAUAGAAACGCAGCACGGUCUGAGCCUGUCCUGAUAAUCUGCAUCCAGGAGAACAAAUUAGCUAGAAAUCCAGCACUAUCAAACCAUUUUCUCAUAAUCUGCACAACUGCGUUUGGAUCUUUGAUUGAUUUUAAAUGCUGAAUAACUUCAGUUAAGAUUAGCCGCUUACAUAGUUACAUAGUUAUUGAGGAUGAGAAAGAAAAACAUUCAACUGUUCACUAAACCCCCAAUAUGAUUAUUGGACAAAGGGGAUGCAAAACACCAGCUCUUACCCCAUACUGUAUUGAGGGGGUAAAGAAUUCCAUCCUGACUCCUAAAAUGCAAUAUAAUAAAUCCAUGGGUCAAUAGUAUAUCCCUAAUUGUACUGCCAGCAUAUGUAAGUAUAUAUUAUUGAAUUAACAACCAGACAUUUUUAAACAUUCUGCAUCAGUUUUAGAAAUGGCAAUAUUUGAAACCUUGCAGAGUUCAUAUGCCUAAAUCUUAAAUAACAUAAUCUGAAAUUAAACCAAUGGCUCAGAGACUGUAGGGGUAGGAGUGUGUGUAUCAAGGAUGUUCUCAGUUUAAGAGUUCAGAAGUAAAUGUACUAUAAGGAAGAUAAGAAAUUUACAAGCACUGUAUAGGAGUAACUGGUAUGUCAGCAUAAAUAAACAGUGCUGCAGCCCAAUCACAGUGUACCAUGCCCUCAGGUAACUGUAUGGGAAAUGUGGUGAGAGGUGAUGAAGUGAAUUAGCUGGUGAGGAUCAAAUUAAGUGUAGCGGGACACAGCUGGAGCCUCAGGAGGAGGAGAAUAGUAAUAACGAGUAGCACCCCAGUUUAGGAGAAAACUUAAAUCAAUUGUCCAGCCUUUGGCUUUCAGGGGAAGGUUAAUGUGCUGUAAUUUAAUAAAAAGUUGUAGUCUUUUACAAGAGAAUAAGAAUGGGGAGAAGACAUACUGGUGGACAAAGAAGAAAAAUGUAAGGCAUGUGAGAAUAAAAAAGAGUUACAGAAUAAAUAUAGGAGAGGAAGAAAUAAAGGCAAAAAGAUGGCAGGGUGAAAAAAGAAGCAAGACAAGAAAUUAGAUGAAUAGGAGUAGAGAGAAAAGAUGAAGAGUAUGAGAGACAGAAUGACAAUGAAUAGGAGCAGUCAUGAAGGAUGGAGACAAAGAAAAAAAAAGGAGAGCAGAUAUGCUGGAUAUAAGAUUAAUUAAAACUUGAGAAGCUGGGAGGGGGAUAGUUAAGCUGGUCAUAGAUGCAAAGAUCUGAGGAUUCGUACGAUUUUUGGACCCUGUGUGCAGAGUAGGGUUGCCACCUUUUCUGGAAAAAAAUACCGGCCUUCAUAUAUAUUUAUCAUUUUUCCCUAUUAAUAACAUUGGGAUCAACCAUAAUUUUUACCGGCUAGGCCUGUAAAAAACCAGGCAGGUGGCAACCCUAGUGGAGAGUCCCGACAUUUUUCGGCUGCCGAUAAUUUCUCUGCGUGUAUUGCCGAUCGUACGAUUUUCAGUGGGAGACUAUCACCAGCUUUUGUUGGACAUAACUAUAGUACUAUUGCUGUCAGGGGCAGAAAAUCGGCUGAUCUGUUCUUUUGUACUUUAUUUGAGAGAGUGGGGAAGUCCGAUCAUUCGAGGAUUCGAAUGAUUGGAUCUUUGCAUCUAUUGCCAGCUUAAGAAAGAGAAAAUGAGAUAAGCUGGAGGAGUGGCAUAGAACAGAAAAAGAGGGAAGGAAGGUAUGUUGAAGGUUUGGUAAGUGCGUCUGAAACAUCAGAUUUCUUGUGGGUGCUGUAAAUAAACAUUUUUGGUUUUUCUUAACUCACUGCACAAUAUAAGAAUAUACGUAUUGAAUUUCCAGAAGUGCACUGUCCUGCCUCUGGGUGCCCCAGAACUGCUCAUGUAGGGGUCACAGAAUAUGAGUUCCAGGCAAGCAACCCUGUAUUUCAUGUAAUGGUCUGACUUCCACUUUUAGUCUGAUUUGUAGUUUAGGUUUUAGCUUGACAUCUUUUGGCAGAUCCCAGCAAAGUCCAUUAAAGCUAGGAGCACAGUAAAGUAAAAAAAAAAAAAAUUAAAAAAUAUAUUGAUAAAUAUAUUUGAGCUGCUGUGUUCCUAUAAAUUCUAAAUAUUCUGCGUAUCUAAGAACAUAUCAAAUCCAUUCCUGAAGGCAGUGAGCAAGUAUAACUAUGUACUAUGUAACUUUUGAAACUGGUAACUGAGCUUCCUUGCUGCAACGGUCAGAACAAAUUAUUUUCCUUUUUUUUUUAUUCCUUGCAAGUAGAAAACCCUGCUGUAUUAGCCUGUUGGUUGUCAGCUUUCAAGCCUGGAGAUGUCCCUGCUAGCCGGGGAAUGGCUGAGCUGUGUAUGUGUGAAAGGGUUAAACGUCGCACAGGGGGAGGCCUGACCUAAUAUAAUGCUGUGCUCUCCCCUUCUCCCCGUGCUCCGUGAUGUCACUGCUCUAUAGCCAAUAAAAACAAACUUGGUGUGA